GCCGUCAUGGACCCGCGGGGCGCGGAGGGCGCGGGGCCGGGAACGGGGCCCGGUCCGGCCCAGGCGCGGCCGCUGUUCGGGGGCUGCUGGAGCUGCCGCCUGCUGAGCGGCGCGGGGCUGCUGCUGGCCGCGCUCUGGGCGUACCAAGGCCCGCGCAGCCUCAUGAAGAAGGGAAUCCCCCCCUCGCUGGGCGCCAUCGCCCAGAUCUGCUUCGCCGCCGGUCUGGGCGCGUGGGGCAUCGUCAUCCUGGCCGACCCCGUGGGGCGGCGCCGCCCGGAGCCCUGAGGGACCCCAAUAAAGGCACCGGGACCCCAGAGCCGCGCUGGGGAGGGCCCGCACGGAGCUCGGUUUUGUGUUUUGAGCGCCCGGGGCGCGCCCUGACCGCGCCGCCCGCUCCUCGGCCCGGUCCCGGCGCCGCUCCUCGGCCGCGCGGCGCCGCUCCUCGUCCCGGCGCCACUCGCGCAGCCGGGAGAGCUCCUGGCCCCGGCGGCGCCGCUCCCGCUCCUGCCCCGCCUCCGCCAGCAGCCUGGGAACG